CCGAACCUCUUGGAUCAAUCCUCGAAAAAAGCCGAUUCUGAUUUUUUUUUUCAUAUUUGCAAGCUUCCUGAUCAUCAAGAAGAUCUAUAACCCUUUGAACAACCUCGAUUCAAUUCGAUUCUCAAACCCGUCCGUUUCGUCUCACAUAGAAAAUCAUCAUGGGAUUCUGGACACUAAUGGAAGGGUUGUUGCUAUUUGCAAACGCACUUGCUAUCCUCAACGAAGACCGUUUCUUAGCUCCAAGAGGAUGGACACUCACAGAGCUUCACCAAACCGGCAAAAGAAACUCCCUCAAAGGCCAAAUCGUUGGUCUCAUCCACGCCUGCCACUACAUGAGACUUCCUCUCAUGCUCUUUAACUUAAUCGUCAUCGUUUUCAAGCUCUUCUCCGGUUAAAAACGAAAUAAAGUAGAUUCUAAUAAUUCAAUCCAAACACUUCUUUUACAAGAACUUUGUCAUUGAUUCAUUCAUAUUCAUUCUAUAGAAAUUUAAACUCAAACCCUCUCGCAUUGUAUACGUUAUUGUGGGAAAGACAAGUUCUUGAGACCAAAAGCUAUAAAACUUUGGAUAGUGUUUUUUUUUUUUUCAUUCAACAGGGAUCAUGACUUCGUUGGUCUUGAAAGGAGGCAACGUCCAAGGAGGAUUAAACCUGGCAAGGACAUAAUCUCCGGUGAUCUUAAACCCAUCUUUCUCGAGAUCACUCGUAAGCUUCUUCACCUUCUCACUCACCACACUCUCCGCCGCAGUUCCACUAAACGUAACCACACCAUACUUCCUCCCUCCUUCCUCCCUAAUCACCACCCUCUCAUCCGUCGGACGCGGCGCAUCCUCAGCCUUCUUGUAAAUCUCCGGCAACAGAAACUGCAUCGUCACCGUCUUCUUGGCCUCCCCUCCUCCUCCUUCCUUGGUCACAACCGGAGCAGUCAUGGCGAUCUUCUCCCCUUCCUUGGUGAUCACAGGAGCAGUCAUGGCGAUCUUCUCAGGCUUCUGGUUCUCAGGCUUGCCGAACACGCCUAUGUACUUGGCCAACACCGAGAAGCCACCGUCUUUGUUGUCUUUGAACUCGGAAGGGUCGUAAGUGAUCUCAGCGGCAACGGACGGUGGGUAUUCACGGAUCUCGUAACCGUCGCAGGAUUUGACGACGGUGUAUUUGGGUGUCUCCACAGAGAUUUUACCAAAAACCAUUCCCAUUGUGUAAGCUUUUACGACAAGAAAAAAAGGAUUCCGACAGGGUUUUGUUAUUUAUCAGUUUGGUUGCUAAACACGAAUGUGUGGUUAGCAUUUGACAAGGUAUGCGUGUAU